UUUAUCUGUUACCCCGAUAACAGAGUUUGGAAAUUAUAUCAUAAAAGUAGUGAUGAAGUUUGAAAAGAUAUUCAUUGGACUUUGAACUUUCAGAGACAGAAAAGUAGGAUGUAUCAGAGUAACAAACCAGUGUUUAUGAGGAAUACAAACUUUAUGUGUGGUAGUUUUUCUUCUGAAAUAUUGCCGGCUAGCACUACACUCUCCCUCUGUUCAUAUUCAUAUAAGUCGCAUGUCUCUCCAACAAUCAUUCUCAUUGAUGUCACAGACCGUGUAGAAAUACUAGUAAACUUUGUGCGUGUGUCAAAACAUAUUUAUCUUUUAUAACUUUUGUUGUAAACAUCAAGUGUUGGUUUAUAUAUAAAUUCAUGAUUUUUUUCAAUUUCUUCACAUGAUUUUUACGCAAUUGAGAAUUCUUCAGAGAAAGUGACCUUUUUUUCAAGUGCUGGUCUCAUAAGAUUUGAAGAAAUUGCGGAAGAGAAAAUAUCAAUAAAAUUUUACUAAGAAAAAGGUUUCUUAGAAGAGAAUCAUUAACCAUAUACCUAUAAUUUAGUUGAGUAGAACAAUUUAUAUCUAUCAUCUUAAACCGUCCAAUGGCUACAGCGACUGAAACAAUGCUUCAACUGCCACAAUUUGAAGCUUUUCAUCGAGUCUGUGGACUUCCAUUAGUAGAACGAGCAUUAGCUAAAUCAGCGUCAACAUAUUCUCGUGUCAAAAGUUCUCAUCAGUUAAUUAAUUGGAUUCUCUCUACGGCUGAAAAUUCAUUGAGUAAUGCAACUAAACAAGCAGUACCCUUUGCUGUACCAAUCGCUAUGAAAUUAGAGAUUCCAAUCCAUUUUGUUGAUUAUACUCUCUGUAUAGGGUUGGACAAGAUCGAAGAGUCUGUUCCAAUCGUAAAAGAUUCACCAGAACAGAUAAUGGAAAAAGGAUACAUGUUUGCAUUGCAAACCGUAAGACCAGCAGUAUCUACUAUCACUUACGCUAAUGAUUUAAUUAUAACCCAAGCUUCAGUGCUAAAAGAACGCAGCUGGAAUAGAGCAAAUCAAAUUCUUGAUUCUUAUUAUGGAACUGCAGCUAUACAAGGAUUUGAUAAUACAGUUCUUGUGGUUGAUAAAUUACUUGAUAGAUACUUUCCUGCUACUGGUAAUGAAGAAUUUGUUGAACCAGCCUCAGUGGAAGAAGACAAACUUUUACAUACUCUACAGACUAUUGGAAAACUGUCUAAUAAAGCAGCUCGACGGGUUUAUACUAAUGUUAUUCGAAAUCUUCAAACGGUCAACAAGUAUGCAGUAAAGACUUACAUUAACACUGUCGUUGAGUUUUUACACAUCGCCCAAUGUCUUCAUGUAAUCAACAAUAAAGUUCAUAAAUUCACGAGUCCAAUAAAAAAUAAAAAUGACUCUUAAGAAACUAAUGGCCAUGUCAAAACAGAGUGACAGCCAUAAUUGAAUACUUGUUAAUGCAAUAAAAAAAUUUUAUAAAAAAUCA